AUGACCUCAUCGGCAUCUAUGCUUCGCUGCGACUUUUGUAGCGAGACGUUCAAGAGAAAGGAGCAUCUUGAGCGCCAUGCCCGACGCCAUUCGGGAGCUAAACCUUUCAAAUGCAAAUCAUGCUCAAAAGCAUUUUCACGAAAAGAUGUCCUCAUGCGGCAUUCGAACAUGCACGCUUCCGAUCCCUCCGAGACCUCGACGACACGCGGACGCCCAAGGAAAGCACCCGCUCGUAACGCAUGCUCAAGCUCGAAACUGCGAUGCUCCCAACAUACAUCAUGCGGUUCUCCCAAAGCUAACGGUGCAGCAUCUGCCCAUCUCUCCAAUUCUCAGGAGGGCGCUGGUAUCAACAGUCCACCUGAUGGUCCAGAAACGCAAGCAAUAAGCUCCAUUGAUAUAACUCUUUCUGACCAGCAACUCUCUGCUUUGGAACCAACUCAACCAAGCGCCGAUCAGGGUGAUUUCUUCAGCACGUCGGGCAUCGAGGCGCUGCAAUCUGGGCUGCAGGAAGUCCUUGCCACUGAAGCCUUCCCUGUGCCUGAGUCCAAUACCAGCAUCCCUCUUUUGAGUCACGAUCUCACUCUUAGUACAGGCUCUGAGAUCUGUUCAGAUUCUACAAAUAGGGCCGGAACCGAACAGAGCCACACAAGCCCUUCGUGGGUCUCUUCGCUGCUCUUCCCGGAUAAUAGCGCGUAUUCAUGGAGGCUUGACGAAACUGGGCCUAUUUCCAUCCUUGAUCUUCUCGGCCCUUCUACUGCUUUGAAUAUAGAAGAGAUGGGAGGCCAACCACAGGGUUUCGAAGGGCAAACAUUUUCAAUCACGAAAACUCCUGAUAUUUCAAGUUGGGGACAAGGAGCGGACAAUGGGAAAUCAUGUCUUCCAGCUCAGAUGACUAACGGGUAUGAUUUCAUGCCGCAUCCAUUGCCAGAAGACGAUCAUGCCAUCUCAGCAGAGGAUUUCGGACACGUGAGCCAGAUCAAUAAGAGUUCUUACGACAAAAUUGUUCAAUUUUCCAAGCAGAAACAGCAGUCUGAAGGCGGCCCUUUCCCGGAUUUCAAGAGAUUCCAUAUCUUCAUUCAACUCUAUUAUGAAUAUUUCGAUGGCCAGUUCCCCUGCAUACAUCCCUCGACCCUCAAUAGAGGCAACGAAGCAUGGAUACUUCUUCUGGCUGUUGCAGCUGUUGGCUCUCAGUAUUCUUCCAUGUCCCACGCAGAUCAGUAUGCAGCCAGACUUCAAGAGCUUUUGAACUUGGCGGUAACUGCCGAUAGACCCGAACUGAAACGAAAGCCAAGCCUCCCUUUCGUUCAGAGUACACUUCUUAGUCAUGUAUGUGAACUAUUUUCCGGUUCAAGAGACAUGAUGAUAAAGGGGCAACUCGAAAGGAGAUCUCUUAUCACUCUCUGUCAGUUAUUAACACGAUCUCCAUACGAAGCUCAUGUCGCUCCGAAUUCAGAUGACGAACAGUCAUGGGAGGACUGGGUUGUAGGGGAGUCCUUGAUCCGGCUAGUCUACUGCGUUUACAAGUUGGAAUGCUUCCAACUUAUCUUGAUGAAUUUGGACCCUAUGUUCCAGCCUCAUCACAUGGUCGACCGAUUUCCGUGUACCGAGAGCCCAUGGAGUUGUCGGGAUGUUGAUAGUUGGCAAGUAUUUUCUGGAAUAUACCAAGGCAAGGGACCAAGCCUACUUGCGGACCUUAGCAAUGGUCAAUUAGGCACAUUUGCUCGUGAAAUGCAUAUACUGACCUUUUAUGCCGAAGAGCGAUCCAUUCACGACCGGUUUUCUUCCCCGUUCUGGAAAUCAUUCAUGGAAGCAUCGCCAAUCCAUCUGCCACGAGGGUCCGCAAUGACUAUGGACAGUCAGUCCAUGGUAAAAUCUGUACUUGUUGGCAGCACCGGAUUCAUAAACAAAAGCUUGGAGACGCUUUCAGCUGCACACAGUUCUCAACCAGAUUUUGAUGGACAUUACACUUCAGUGAUGUGCUACCACAUACUGCUUAUUUUACGUCAUGUUUCACUUCGAAUGCUGUAUGCCUUCUCUGGCUGGCAAGCCACGCAGGAUCAGAUUGACGAAGCAAAAGAGUAUCUGCGAGCCUGGAUGCGAGAGAAUCCUUCCGCGGCCCGUCAAUGUCUUUGGCAUGCCUCUCUUACUUGCCGCCUUGUUCAUGUGGGCGUUCGAUCUGUUGAUGCCGUCCAGUUCAUACGGCGCAGUAUCGCAAGAAGAGUCCCAAACCGUACAUAA